UUGUAAAACCUCAUACCUCAAACUGAAACAGUCAAACUGCUAUAAAUAUUCCCAUGUGAAUUUUUUUACCUCCUUAGGCUACUACUGCAACACAAAUAAAGUUCUUGGUCUUUUCUCUACCCUUCACCCUUUAUCUUCAAAGAACCAAUUUUUAUUGGUUAUUUUGGUAAGGGGUGAGAAAAAAAAGGGCUAAAGAAUCAUACUAGCUAAGUGGGGUUUUUAAUUUUGUGAAUUCUUGAAUUACAAAAUCUGCUCUAUAAUUUGACAUGGCUUGUAGUGUUGCAGACUCUGGUUUUCUAUUCUUGGCCUCCAAACAAAGACCAAUUCAUAGCACUAGAAUUACCCAAGUUGCUUCUUCAGGAGCAGGAACAUAUUGUUUAAAGUGGGAAAGUCUACCUCAGAUAAGAUCCAAACAAAAAAGCUGCUUAAUUUCUUUGAGAAAGACAAAUGUUGUACGAGCUGUUGCAGUUCCGAUAGCACCUUCUUCAUUAGACAGUGCAGAGGAUAGGAAGCGGUUAAGUGAAAUGUAUGGGUUUAGACAAAUUGGAGAACCGCUACCUGAUAAAGUCACAAUGAAAGAUAUUACUGAAACUCUCCCAAAGAAGGUAUUCGAGAUUGACAAUGGGAAGGCAUUGAAGUCAGUUUUGAUAUCAGCAACUUCAUAUACUCUCGGGCUUUUCAUGAUUGCCAAAGCUCCAUGGUAUCUACUUCCCCUGGCCUGGGCUUGGACAGGAACAGCAGUUACAGGGUUCUUUGUAAUAGGACAUGAUUGCGCUCACAAAUCCUUCUCAAAGAACAAAUUAUUGGAAGAUAUAAUUGGAACUCUGGCCUUUUUGCCGUUGAUAUAUCCCUAUGAGCCAUGGCGGUUCAAGCAUGAUCGGCAUCACGCAAAAACAAACAUGUUGCAUGAAGAUACUGCUUGGCAGCCUGUUUGGAAGGAGGAGUUCGAUUCGUUCCCUGCUCUAAGGAAGGCAAUUAUAUUUGGUUAUGGACCCUUUCGACCUUGGAUGUCUAUAGCUCACUGGUGGCUCUGUCAUUUCAAUUUGAAGAAGUUCAGACCAAAUGAAAUUAACCGGGUGAAAAUAAGUUUGGGUUGCGUCUUCGCUUUUAUGGCAAUUGGCUGGCCAUUGAUAAUCUGGAAAACAGGGAUUAUUGGAUGGAUUAAGUUCUGGUUAAUGCCGUGGUUGGGUUAUCAUUUUUGGAUGAGUACUUUUACAAUGGUUCAUCAUACGGCACCUCACAUACCCUUCAAAAAUUCUGAUGAGUGGAAUGCUGCUCAGGCCCAGCUGAAUGGCACAGUUCACUGUGAUUAUCCUAGUUGGAUUGAGGUUCUUUGUCAUGAUAUCAAUGUUCAUAUCCCCCACCACAUAUCCCCCAGAAUACCGAGUUACAAUUUACGGGCAGCUCAUCAGUCUCUCCAACAGAAUUGGGGAAAGUACCUGAACGAGGCUUCAUGGAACUGGCGUCUAAUGAAGACAAUACUGACAAUAUGUCACGUGUACGAUAAGGAGCAGAAUUACGUUCCCUUUGACGAAGUUGUCCCUGAAGAAGCCCAGCCGAUUACAUUCCUUAAAAAAGUAAUGCCUGACUACGCUUGAUUAGUAUGCAUUUCGCUCGGCUCAUUCUUUGGGAAGGUAUCCUUCCAUUUUUUUGGGUCCGGUUAAGCGGUCCAGACCCAAGUUUCAAGUUCUUACCAAUAUUUGGAAGACUUGUUUUAACACAUCAGAGUGAGAAAUAUCUUCUCAGGAAGUUUCUUGGUAGUGUAAGUGUAGUAUACAAUAAUUUAAAUUUCUCAAGGAAAUCACAUUUUGUCAUCUUUAUUUAAUUAGUACCCAUGAAUAUCAUGUUGCUUAUUUUAUACCAAAAUUUCAUUGUAUUCUUCGUUUCGAGGCCGAUUUAAUAGAUGGUCGACAGUGAUUUCUCUUA